UUUGUGUGGUGGGAAGAGGAGGAGAAUCGGAGAAGGAAACCAGGAGACGGGACUGACUCUUCUCCCGUCAUUGUACGUCUGGCGGUCGUACUGCAGCUCACAGUCGGGGGGAAAAGUGUUAUUACGGCAAGCAAUACUAAUAACAACAACAACACCAUUACUACUACAACUACUACUAUUAUCAUCAUCACUAUCAACAACACUAACAAAACAGCAGCAUUGAUAACACCAUUAAGUGUACUACCACCACCACCAUCAUCAUUAUUACUCCAACUUAUACCAAUAAUCCAUCCCUCACCUCCACCACGAGGGACUGUCGUAUUGUUGCGGCCAGGCGUCUACGUUGCUCACUGCAACAUCUCCACCGGGUUUGCUGCUACUCAUAGUAGUAGUGGCACUACUACAGCUGGGAACAUAACAUCAAUUAUGUAUAAUCAAGGAGCAAGGUACGGGCACUUUGUGAACCAUGGGAGUCGUCAGGCCUUGAUGGGUUAUCACAACUCCCGCGGUCGUUUUGAUCAGCAGAUCCUUAGAAGGAUACCUCUUCAAGAAGCUCACAGACCACGUGUUCCUCCAGGUAGAAAUGCUCAUACAGCAAGUUAUGUACAGCGAACGCACUGGUUCCCUAACUACAGGCGUGGAAACCAACGUGGCAUGGUUACUGGGAACAUGGACCGACGCAGCAACCCAAGAGGCCAUCGAAAUGCUACACAUCACCAUAAUCAACAGCAACACCGAAACACUGUUCAAAGACACGUAGAGGACAAUGCAGAUGUAUGCUUUAUUUGUGGAGAUUACCUGCAGAACUCAGCUGAAGUAGGCAUACAUUUGUGUGAUGGAGGACCCAAUCCAAGGGCACAGUUACCAAGUCACCAAGUCAGAGUGCAUCAGCAGCCCAGAGCAAGAGCUGUGCGAAUGGGACAUAACACUGACUCUCUACAGCAGGAGGUGGCCGUUGCAGGUGCAGUUUCUGAAGCAGUUGCUGCAGCUGUUGCUGCUCCUCCAUCUCCAUCUUUUCAUCGUGCUCAGCCUCCUUCUUCUGAUAAUCAUGAAGUCGAGGAUGAUAGUGAUUCUGAAGAAAUGCAGUGUCAUUUUGAAUCUCUGCUUGAAGGCUGCCUAACUGACCUUCAGUCUCGCUAUCAGAAUGCCACUGAACGUUUACAAGAAGGUCUUUCAAGUAAAGCAGAUGAAAUUCGCAAGAUCUACCGUAUUGUGCAGAAAGAUAAGAAAAAAACCAAGGAACUGAAGGCUGAAAUGAAUGACAAAGCUGUGGAACUUGAUGAAAGAGAAGCAGAAUUGAAGACUCUUAAGGACAAAAUUGAGAAAAGUAAACGAGCUCUUGAUGCUGACAGUGACCAACAGACCAAGGAAGUAUCCCGUCUUUGGCAACAGCUCAAGGAUGAGUACAACCGGAUUGAAAAUGUCUACACAGUACAGAAGGGUCGGAUCAAGCUAGAUGUUGGUGGACAUGAAUUUACCACAUCAGUGUUUACACUCACCCAGGUGCAGGACUCCAUGCUUGCCGCUAUGUUUAGUGGACGUCACGAGAUAAAAUACGAAGUUGACGGUAGUGUAUUCAUUGACCGGGAUGGAACACAUUUUCGCUACAUUCUCAAUUACUUAAGGGACAGUGACUACAGCUUUGAAGCUUUGCCCCGCAGCAAACAAGUCUUGCGAGAACUGCGCAAUGAAGCCAUAUUCUACCAGCUACCUGGUCUGGUGCAGCAGAUUGAGAAGUUAUUGUGACAUCACCGUUGCCUCCUCAUUCGAACACCACGGCAGUAUUGUUGUGUCUUACGACCUUCAACAAAGAAGAGGCAUAGUGGCUGCAUCUGGUUUUCUCAUUAGCUCAAACUCUUGCUACAGUCAGUGUGUUGUGACCCUAGGCAAAGAACAAUUAAUUCUACAGACUUCAGUCCUCAAGGAUGAGGAGAAUAGCUACCAGAUCUUCUAGGGAUGUUUCCUGCAAUAAUUGGCAUUCUGUCCAGUUGGGGAUUUAACUCACAUCUGCUCUAUGGAAAUAAGUAAUGUGGCUUUGAAAUUUUUUUGUGGUUUGUGAGGAUAUAAAUUGUCACCAUUAUUAUUACUUUGAAGGGGGCGAUGAAGCUGCUGAAACAGAAGAAUACUGGAUUAAGUGCCUUACAGUAUUAUGUAUUUUCACUCUUCAGUCUGAAUUUAAAUUAUGUCAAGGUUGAUUGGGGUGAAUAAAGUAAGUGCCAGUUGUGUGCUGAGCUUGAUUCGAUCAAUUAUAUGUCUCUACCAUAAAUUCCUGACCUUGUGCCAAUAUAAGAAAUUAUUGUUGAAGCAGCUGCAUUAUUCUGUCUACUGGAUUACAAAUGAAGUUCUACCACUAAAACUGUAACAUAUACGUGAGCAAGUCACCUAACUCUUCUGAUUUCAGACUACUUGCUAUGAAUGUUGUAUCUGGAAAAAAAUAGCUUGGAGGCAUGGCUGUAAUUGAACUGAUUGACCAAUUCAUUUGCCUGUUGUAUUAUGUUUGAUUGCUAUGUAGACUGAUGUCUUUGCUUUAUGUGCAGUCUCACCAUCCCAUCAUUAAAAGAACUACCGUUAAAAGAUUUGUGACCAGUGUAAAUCUCACCAUGCCAUUGGACCACUAUGUAUUGUUAUUAAUCAAAUGGUUACAUCCAGUCUAUUCAACAUUAAUUAAUCAUUUGUUGUUGUUGAUAUUGCAUUUAAUUUUGUGGUUUCACCUCAAUAAAAUUAGACUUAAUUAGUUUUCUAAUGUUGGAUUAAAUCAGCCCUCUUCAAAAAGGAAAAAAAAAAAAUUCAAGUCUUA